UGUUAAUUAGGGUUUCUCCAGCUAGGGCUGGCGGGGGUCAAGGGAGCCCUAAUCGUGCUCUCCCUCUCGGCCCUCAUCCCGCGCCGGGGACUCUUCGGCUCCGAGCCCGCGCGCCGCCCUCGCCGGCGCCGGCGCGGCGCGGCCAUGGCGUGGGCGGUGCGGCUCUCGGGCUUCUUCUCCGCGGCGGUGGUGAUCGUGGUGCUCUCCCCCUCCCUCGAGCCCUUCCCCCCGGCCGAGGCCGAGGCCGUCCGCUUCCCCUUCCGCCGCGCCCCGCCCUUCCCCGACGCCGCCGAAUGCGGCGCGGCCUCGGCCUCGGCCUCGGCGUCGGCCUGCGACGCGGCCCUCGUCCACAUCGCGCUGACCCUCGACGAGGCGUACCUCCGCGGGUCGAUCGCGGCGGUCCACUCCGUCCUCCGGCACGCGCGCUGCCCCGGGCGCGUCUUCUUCCACUUCGUGCUCUCCGACCGGGGCCUGGCCCCCGCGGUGGGGUUCGUGUUCCCGGGGCUCCGGUUCCGGUGCUACUACUUCGACCCGGCGCGGGUGCGGGGCCUGAUCUCGAGCUCGGUGCGGGAGGCGCUGGAGCAGCCGCUGAACUACGCGCGCAACUACCUGGCGGAGCUGCUGGAGCCGUGCGUGCGCCGCGUCAUCUACCUGGACUCGGACCUGGUGGUGGUCGACGACGUGGCCAAGCUGUGGGCCACCGACCUGCGCGGCCGCACCGUCGGCGCCCCCGAGUACUGCGCCGCCGCCAACUUCUCCGCCUACUUCACCCCGCGCUUCUGGUCCGACCCGCGCCUCGUCGCCGCCGCCGCGUUCGGCCGGCGGAGGCGGCGGCCGUGCUACUUCAACACGGGGGUGAUGGUGCUGGACCUGGAGCGGUGGCGGCGCGGGGGCGCGACGGCGCGGAUCGAGCGGUGGAUGCGCGUGCAGCGGCGGGCGCGGAUCUACGAUCUGGGGUCGCUGCCGCCGCUGAUGCUGGUGUUCGCAGCUGCCGCGACCUCCACCCGGGCCCCGUCAGCCUCCUCCACUGGAGCGGCAGCGGCAAGCCCUGGGCCCGCCUCGACGCCCGACGCCCCUGCCCCCUCGACCACCUCUGGGCCCCCUACGACCUCUUCUUCUUCUCCUCCUACUAUCCUCCCCCCGGCCCACACCACCCCUACUACCACCACGCUCACCGCCUACUCCCGGUAAUUUAUUGAUUAAUUAAUUAAUUAAUUAAGUCCCAAAACAAAAAAAAAAAAGGAAAAAAUAUUUAGGGGUAGCCGGGUAGGGGAAAAAACCAAACCAUCUCAUCCACCGCCCGUCGCCCGUCGCCGCCACGCUCUACAAAAGUCGCGCCGCCGUCCAUCGCCGUGCUUCGACAGUCGUGCUAGGGAAAUUCUUUGUUCAAUAUUUUAUUUAUUUUGGGCUGGGCUGGGCUGGGCUGGGCUAAAUUUCGAGACUAAUAACCCCCCCCAUCGCUUUUUACCUGCUUCUCAAUGCCCCCCCCUGAAUUUUGAAUCGCUUUAUAAUAAUAGAUAUAAAUAAAUAAAUAUAUAUAUAUAUAUAUGAGUUGUUAUACUUAAAUAAGAAAAUUCUACGAAUUAAUUAAUAUAUAAAUAAAUAAUAUAUAUAUUUGUUUUGUUAACGAAUUAACAAUUUAGAAAAGGUGUUGCAGAGGAGGAGGUGGGUGUUUUAGGUAUGUGUGUGUGGUUUAGACAAAUUAGACUUUGCACUACAAGCUAGAUAUAUAGAUGUGCGCAGUGAAUUAAUUUGAGUGAGAGAUAGAACUUAUAUUAUUAACAUAUAAUUUGAAGCAUGAGGGGGGUAAUUGCGAAACGGGGAAAAGGAUAUGGAGGUGUUCUUUUUUCGUGUAAUUUGGCUCGUAUUUUGUUUCCCAUGUUGUCAUUGAAAAUUCUUACGUUCUUUUGUGUGCUGUAAUUAUGGGAGGCGAUUUGUAUGUAAUUUACUUGUUCUAUUGUUUGAUUGAUGCCUCUUGCGAAUAAAUAAACAGAUUUCAUUAAUUUUUUUUAAAAAAA